CACCCUGGCUCUGGAUGUGUGCCUUCAGACGGUGCCUAGACGCACCGACGCGCUCACCGGCGGUCCCUGGUCUCCGGACGGACUCCCAGUCCAUCGUGCUCCCCGCCGGCUCCUCACCGCGGCGCAGCCCGCAGGCUUCCUGAGAGCGGUCACAUCACACCAGCUUCCCCAGGAAACAGAUGAUUAGAGGAGGAAACACCGGAGGGAAGUUCAUGCCAGUGCUUAAAGAACAACAACCAAACCGUUAGCAGAACUUCACAGACUGAAGAGAAGUGCGCAGCAUAAUGUAGUUCUUUGCUUGGCUGAAUUCGUUGGCCGAGCGCAGACCGAGAGGACCGAUGGAGCAGGUCGGGGAGGAUCUGAACCUCUCCUUUCUGCUGGAACAUGAACGAGAGAUGAUCCUGAAGGUGCUGCAGAAGGACGAGAAAUUGAGGAAACGAGAGGAGAAGAGGAUACGGAAGCUGAAGAAUGAGCUGCUGGAGAUCAAACGAAAAGGUUCCCACCGGCCCCACGACCUGGGGGAGCGACAGUGCGCCCGCUGCCUGAAAGCGCUGGGCCUCAUCUUCGACCGCGGAGAUCUCUGCGAGGAGUGUCAGCUGCGCGUCUGCAACGACUGCCGGGUCAGACCUCCCAACACGCGCCAGUGGAGGUGCAACGUUUGUGCCAAGAUCUCGGAGCUGAAGGUGGUGACAGGAGAGUGGUUCCUGGAGGAGCGGUCCAAACGCUUCGAGCAGGUGGUGGCGAGCAGCGACAUGGUCAAACAGACGAUCCUGAGUAGCCCCAUCGCAGAUGAGAAGCCGACAGAAAACCUGGCAGCUCCUCCUGAGUCAGAGAGACCCGACACCCCGAAGUCCAACAAGAACACAAUACUCCAUGUGAAGGGCGGCGCCAAGAGGAAAGGAAGGAUGAAGCUGGAUAAGAAAGGCAUCCGACCCACCUUGAAGCCGGAGAAUGGGGUCGACAGCGCCAGUGUCAAAUCAGUCUCGGACGGAGAUGCUCAAAGCGCACGAAGUGUUCGCUCGGCUCCGAGUCCUCGAACAAAGAGGGGCAGUGCCGUGGCCUUGGAGUCCUCAGGGAUGCCCACGGUACCCAACAACCUGCGCUCCCAAACUCCUGACAGAUCCUCCACUCCCGGCGACACCCGGAGGGUCAGGCCCGACGGAGCGGAGAGCGUCGCCAGUUUGCGGUCCGUCGACAGUCCAUCUGAGAAAAAAGCCGCCGGCCAUCACAGGAAAGAUUCGGACACGCCGACCAUCUCUGUGUCCAGGGCCUCGGUGUCCUCAGAUCACAGUCGCUCAGAGAUGGACCUGUCAGCGCCCGGUUCUGAACCCAGUGAGGACGCUCUCAGCCUCAGAAGCCGCUCGGUCCCCGGGCUCAACGAAACAGAGUUUUCUGAUGACGAUGCGGAGGAGGACAUCGACGCUCUGAUGUCGGCUCACAGCAAGACUCCCAGCCGACGCCUCAGCAACACCGUGUCAACGUCCUCCACUCCCUGCUCGGAGAGAAGGUGGGGGUACCUCAAUGUCCCCGACUCGGAUGCUGAGACUAGUAGUAUAAACAGCAUGAUGAGCAUGUACAGUGAGACCGGUGACUAUGGCAACGCCAGGGUGAGCGGCGAGAUCCUGCUGAACAUCAGCUACAGCUACAAAACUGGUGCUCUCAAUGUCGUGGUGAAGGAGUGUCACAACCUGGCAACAGGGGACGAGAGGAAGCAACGCACGGAUGCUUAUGUGAAGACUUACCUGCUGCCAGACACGUCACGGCAGAGCAAGAGGAAGACGAGCAUCAAGGCCAACACCAUUAAUCCUGUUUUCAACGAGAAUCUGAGGUAUGUGAUCAGCCACUCGCAGCUGGAGACGCGAACCCUGCAGGUGUCCGUGUGGCACCACGACCGCUUUGGGCACAACAGCUUCCUGGGCGAGGUGGAGCUGACCUUUGACUCCUGGGAGUUUGAUUCCCAGAUAGAGGAGUGGUACGCUCUGCAGCCCAAGGUGGAGAGCUGUAUGGACUCCACAAUGCAGUAUAAGGGAGAACUGACUGUCGUGUUAAAGUACAUACCUGCGGAGAAGAACCUCAUGCUGCCUCUGGACCAAGUACAAGUGAAGAAAGGGUUCCUGAAAAGCAAGAAGACGAGCAACUUCACUUUGCCUAAAGGAGGCAUGGUUGAGCUGCUAGUCAAAGGAGCCAAAAAUCUAACUGCUGUCAAGUCUGGAGGCACCUCAGAUCCCUUUGUGAAAGGAUACCUCCUUCCUGACAGCAACAAGUCAACAAAGCACAAGACAGUGGUGGAGCGACGCACUGUGAACCCGCAGUGGAACCACACAUUCACCUACUGCGGCCUGCAGCCCGGAGACCUCAACAACGUCUGUCUGGAGCUCACAGUGUGGGACAAAGAAGCCCUGGCCAGCAAUGUCUUCCUGGGCGGAGUCAGGCUGGGAGCUGGCACAGGCAAAAGCUACGGGAACGAGGUAGACUGGAUGGACUCAUACGGGGAGGAACAGCGGCUGUGGCAACGCAUGAUUGAGAACCCCGAAGUCCCCCACGAGUGUACGCUGAUGCUGCGAUCCAGCAUGCGCAAGUGCAACUCAUGAGCAGGGCGCGAGCACAGGCAGAGAGGGUGAAGGAGGUUCACAGAGGGAGAGGAGAAGGACAAAGAAGUAACAUGAAGGAGAGAGGAGAGGACUGGAGGAGUGGAACCGUCAAGAACAAACAGAACAGUGAAGGGUCCAAAACUCAUGAAGGAACAGAGGCCGUCCCUCUCCCGACUUCUUUCCCCCCGUUCAGAUCUCAUCUCCCCCCCCCCCCCCCAAAAGCAUCUAGUCUUGACCAAGCACUGCUGUUUACUGCUGUAUAUGAAAACAUGUGAUGUAUGUUUAACUAACCGAAUAAGCACACUGGCGUGACUCCGUCCUCGCCCCUGUGAUUCACGUACCAGAGUCAUAUCUGCAUGUAGUUACAGAUGACGGAGACCAUUUGUAAGGCGUUAGACGAGACGCUGAUCAGUAACGUAGAGACUUAGAGACAGAGCUGCGUCCUGGUCUGAAGCACAUGAUGAUGCUGAGAUUCAUCCCCAUACAAGCUGUCGCGUACAGAGGUGGAAAGUGACGAGUUCUUGUACUCUGACUUGACUUUAUUGAUACUGAGGCAGAACGAUGGUCACUUGUGAGAAAAAACUACUCUUGUGGAAUUACAGUAGUAGCACUUUUGAGGACUUCUCAGGUUAGAUACAAACUGUAUGAUUAAUGUGGAAGGAACAUCACAUUUUAUUGUCAAUUAUCAUUUUAUUAUCAACUUUCCAGUGCUCUCCAAAGUAGAAACCAUGUUUUAUUGAUAAGCUUUUGUUCAGACGGAUAGAUAUUGUUAAAAUGGAGUAGCCUCCUACUGUAUAGGUUUCUCUGUGGUUGAAGAAACAGCAUGCUACUCAGGGUGAAAGUAUACAUUCUGAUGUCAGAAUAUAGGCAAAAGACUCGGACUGCAACAAACUUCGUCAAUAUUUUUUUGAUUACUUGAUUGGUGAUUUUUAACCUGCAAGACAAUUUGUGAAAAAUGGCCAUCACAUUUCUUAUAGCUGUAGGCAGCGUCUUCAAAUGUCUGCAUUUGCGUUGCCCGACCAACAGUGUUGUAAAACGUUUCUAAAAGUCAUACUUGAAUAAAAGUAAAGAUGUCGUGUUAAAUUUUGCUUUGGUGAAACUGAAAGUCACCCAUAGAAAUAGUACUUGAGUAAAAUACUCAAAGUAUCUGAUAUAUGAUAUACCUUGGUGUUAAAAGUCAUUUUCUGCCAACAAAUAUUCUGUCUAUAUAUGAUAUACUAUGGUUGACCCAUUAUUGGAUCUACUGUUAAGGAUUUUCUUAAUUAUUGGAAUACGUUCUCUCUUAAUUCCAUACCAAUUACAGUCUACAAAGUAAUUAACAACUGAAGUUAUCAAAUAAAUGCUGAGGAGUAAAAACUACAAAAUUUGCCUCCAAAAUGUCGUUGAGCGGAAGUAUAAAGUAGCAGUAAAUAGAAAUACUCCAGUAAAGUAGAGGUACCUCAGAUUUGUACUUGAAUACAGUGUUUAAGUAAAUGUACUGACUCCCAUUCUGUCAUUGCAGACAGAUGGGCUCAAACCUAAAAACACUCAAUUCCCAAUUAACUGAACCAGCAAAAACAACAAGUUUGCAUUUUUUUAAAAGCGGAAACCAUCAAAUGUUGAGCCUGUCCAGCCACACCGGCAUCUUCAUGUGUCAGUGUCGUCCGUCUCCACAACUAUUUGAUGGCCAAAACCUGGCUUUUCCUCUUGUGCCGCCAUGAGGUCGACUUCUUGUAUGCCCAGGACAUUUAGUCCCACGGUGGUGAAAAAUGUCCUUGAUGAGCAGUUUCUUUGGCAUCGUCGUUAGGUCAAAGCUUUUUUUUUCCCCAAUACAUGCAAAACUAAUGACGUUCUCAUCCGCCUCAGCUGUGGUUUGUGUUUGGUGCCGCUGUUUAGCAUGCUAACAAGUUAAAUUAAGAUGGUAAACAUUACACCUCAGAAACAUCAGCAUGUCAACGCUGUGCUCGUGACCAUGUGCCCAUAUUGAUGGUAGCGAUUAGCUCAAAGCUGUACCUAAGUUCACUGAGAUAACAAUUGUUGGUUGAUUCGUAGCACUUGAUAUAACGGUACAAGUUCUCGAAAAAAAAAAAAAAUGCACUUCCAGAAAUGAGAGUUCUUGUGUAUGUUACUUUCCACCUCUGGUUGACGUAAUGAAAACCGACGGAUUACCUUGAAAAGAAGACAGAUUACAUGAUUUAGCCUAGCUUCAAUGUAAAUUUUCAUAGCACUGUAUCAGUGUGAUAAUAAAAAACUGCAUGGUAUUAGAUUAAACAGAGGUAGAUGAACAAAAGAAAGGUUAUGUUAAAGCACUGAUAACGUUGUCAUCACCUUAACCUCAGAAGAGAUGUGUGAUGUGUGAAGAGCGUUCCCAGGAACCCUGAGAUGGGGGCUGAGUGUUACAGAGUGAGUCAGCACUGAGGCGAGCUGCCUUCAUCUCAGGGGAAGCCUAAUAAUGAGUCAGUGACAGUCACCUUGUCCCUGUCGCCCGCGGCUCUGAGCGCCACCAUCCUGUGAUGAAUCACACAAUUCACAGAAACUAUUCUCAAGUUGAACCCCGUACAAUCAUUUUUCAUGUGGAAUGCCAAUUUCGUCCGCUUGUCCUUGGUAAACCUGCUCCGAACUCCCGGAGCAAAACAGUUUCACUCUGCACAAUUACAUGUGGUAAUAAUCAAACAAGGUGUUCACUGUGCAACAUACUUUAGAUGAGAGGCUCGUGCAAUACCCGAUUACAGAAGAAACUCUUGACGUGCAGCAUGUACUAUCUCUGUUGUGUCUGGUUUCCAAGCAUCAAACUCUCUGUAUUCCAGCCGAUUUUGUCCCAGAUGUGUUACAGGAAUAUUUUGAAAUAAACACACACGUUUCCAUAGA